AUGAUCUCUGCUAGAAACUUCAUCACCCCGGCCCGCCAAUGCCUGCGGACAACACGUGUGUCUCCAAGCUUUGCGUCGCCUCUGUCGCAGCUGCGCGGUUACGCCUCUGCUGCCGACGAGAGGGUCGCCAAGUUCAAGGGACAGAAGGGCUCUGAUGGAAAAUACACAGUGACUCUGAUUGAGGGUGACGGCAUUGGCCCCGAGAUCUCGCAGUCGGUGAAGGAUAUCUUCGCUGCCGCCCAGGCCCCCGUUAAGUGGGAGCCCGUCGAUGUUACCCCCAUCCUGAAGGACGGCAAGACCACCAUCCCCGAUGAGGCCAUCCAGAGUGUGCGCCGGAACUACGUCGCCCUGAAGGGUCCUCUGGCCACCCCCGUUGGAAAGGGUCACGUUUCCCUCAACCUUACUCUGCGUCGUACUUUCAACCUCUUCGCGAACCUGCGUCCCUGCCGGUCCGUCGCUGGCUUCCAGACUCCCUACGACGGCGUUGACACCGUCCUGAUCCGUGAGAACACCGAGGGUGAAUACUCCGGCAUUGAGCACGUCGUUGUCGAUGGUGUUGUCCAGAGCAUCAAGCUCAUCACCCGGGAGGCUUCCGAGCGCGUUCUCCGUUUCGCCUUCCAGUAUGCUCGUUCGAUCAACAAGAAGAAGGUCCGUGUCGUGCACAAGGCCACCAUCAUGAAGAUGUCCGACGGUCUCUUCCUGAACACCGCCCGCGAGAUCGCCAAGGAGUUCCCCGAUAUCGAGUUCGACGCUGAGCUGCUGGACAACUCGUGCCUGAAGAUCGUCACCGAUCCCACUCCCUACAACGACAAGGUCCUUGUUAUGCCCAACCUGUACGGUGACAUUCUGUCCGACAUGUGCGCCGGUCUCAUCGGUGGUCUCGGUCUCACUCCUUCCGGCAACAUUGGUGACGAGUGCUCCAUCUUCGAGGCCGUCCACGGUUCCGCCCCCGACAUUGCUGGCAAGGGUCUCGCCAACCCCACUGCUCUGCUUCUGAGCAGUAUCAUGAUGCUGCAGCACAUGGGUCUCACCGAUCACGCCGCCCGCAUCCAGAAGGCCACCUUUGAUACCCUUGCUGAGGGCAAGUCCCUCACCGGUGAUCUGGGUGGUAAGGCCAAGACUCAUGAGUACGCUGAGGCCAUCAUGAAGCGCCUGUAA